UCCUAUCUUUCUUUCUCUCUUCUAUCCAAUAGCAUUGAAACACUAUCGAGUUCUCACCUUAUUCCUCUUCCAAAAUGAAUAUCGUAAUCGAACACAACCCUUCGAGCAUAAGGUUAUCUGACCUUGGAGUCAUGUCAUGGCCAAAAUGGUCUUGUCAGCCGGGGAAAUAUGCAUUAGUCUUUGAAGAAAGAGAGACAUGCUAUUUGGUGAAGGGAAAGGUGAAGGUGUAUUCAAAAGGGUCAUCAGACUUUGUGGAGUUUGGUGCAGGAGACCUUGUGACCAUUCCCAAGGGACUUAGCUGCACUUGGGACGUAUCACUUUUCGUCGACAAGCACUACAAGUUCGAUCCUCCUACUUCUCCAUAAUCUUUCUUACUUACGAUCUAGUCUUGGGUUAGUCUUUACCACCACGAAUCAUAAGACUAUAUAAAUCAAUUAUAGAAGAGAAACCAAGAAAACAUUGCUUAGGAUAUGUUCAAAGCGCCUCCUAGAUUCUGUUGUCAGAUGUAACUUAUUUUCUUGUCACUUUGUCAGAGAACAAAGGGCAUAUUCCUACAUACGUUUCAUAUUUAUCCAGACAACAGAUACAAAUCCCUAGCUCUAAAAGCAAAUCACGCGUUUAUGGGCACACCAUCAGUACUACAACAUCCUCAGGGAAAAAAUCUUAACUAGUUCAACGAGACUAAGAUAAGAAUUCCUGUUUCGUUCUAAAGAAACUUGCUAUCUG